AUGCAUGCUUCGUUGUACGGGAAAUCUGCAUCAACGUUCUGUUCAGACAGGUAUGUACAGUGGUCCGCCUUCUCGUUUUUCCUCACUGAACCAAGUUCGUUUGUCGACAUGACUAAUGAUCUACGGAAAUCUGAAGGGAGUGAAGAAUCGUCAACAACGUCAGCAUCAACGGCUUCCUGUCAAAAGUGGUUAGGCGGCAACAACUGGGCCCCAUCUAGAGCAAAUGAAGAAGAAGCACCUGCUUCUCCGAAGUACCCAGUUUUUGACGAGAAUCAGUUGCGAAGGCAAUGCCAGGACUCUAUUCAAAAGAAGUCUCCAAGAAUACUGAUUGAGCGACUCAAACAAGGAGGAGUUCUUUUAUGGAGCGAACUGUCAGUGUUGGAAAGACGGCUUGUGGAUUGCAAUCCUUGGUUCUUUGAGGUUUCGAUAGAUCUCCCUGAAUUUGUUGAACGCCGUGUGAAGCUGAUCAACGGUUCAAAACUAGCGCAAAUAGAUAUCAAUUGUAAAAAUGGAGGUCUGCGUCCCGCCCUAGACGAAGAUUUAGCUUGGCUGCCCGACGCUAAUAUUGUUUAUCCGAUUCAUAAGUUCUCAAUACGUGAGAUAAGUCUCGAUUUCUGUGCUGUAAUAGCAUUCACACCUCCACGCUGUUUCAUUAUGUGCGUUAAAGAUGACAAAGAAGAACAGGAGAGGCUUAGCGAAGUUAGCGAUGGAUUGAGAGACAUUUACACCAAAUAUCCGCGGAAGAAAGGGGAAAUAGAAAUACGACCAGGAGUGGCUCUAGUGGGAGUUAUUAACGAUGUCUUAAUGCGAGUUGUAGUGUUAGAGGCUGAUGUGCGCAAGCCAACCAAAGUUCGAUGUGCUUGUAUGGACUAUAAUGCUAUUUAUUCAUUUAAUCGGGAAGAUCUCUUUCCGUUACCCUCAGAGUUCUCACCUCAAAAAGUGCCAGUAAACAUAUUUCUAGGACGUUUCCGGGGAACUCAUUACAUAUUCAAGAACAAAUACGUGGAAGCGAACAACGCAAUGUGCCAGCCUAAUAAGGAUGAGGGGAUGGUCUCCUUCGUCACCUGCGCCAUUUACGGAGCUGCUCCGGAUGGUCUCACCAUUGUGGAUGCUACUAUGCCUGACGAUAACGGUUGGGUCAGUUCUGUCAUGAUUAGGGCGAGAAUUGCUGCUCCGAUGGCAGGAGAUCCAGACAUCAGGUGUAGUGCUGUUCAGGCCGAGGCGGCUAUUCGGCAAUUUUACUCGAAGGGGAGACAUUCAGCUUCUGAAAGAGAAUCAGUUGCAGACCCAAACGCAACGCAUGGGAGAUUUCCCAAACCUAAGAAUAAGGAUGUUUGCGGCGAGGACAAAGGAUCAUCUGAGGCAUAUGUUGCAAAGUUUGCCAAGGAUGAUCGUGGUACUUUGGUAAACAAGACUGCAAAGGAAGGUAGUACCACGGGAGACGAAUCCCAGCGGCAUAACGUUACUAGCAGCCGUGGGAGCACAGAUAGCGGAAGUGAAUCUACCGAGAAAAACCUGAAAGAAGCAUCGUUAAUCGCGAAGAACGAGGAGCAGCAAAGCAAGACGUUCCAAGUAUUGGAGGAAGGUGUACUGACUGCAACGGACAAAUCGGACUAUGAGGGCACAAGUGGAGUCCAGGAGCAGGCUAAUGAAAGCCAUCCUGAGGAUGAGAUCAAAGAGAUUUUUGGAUAUGGUGAAGAUACACACAAAGAGGUCAAAAAUGUAGAAGAAAGGAUACAUGAGUUGACGAUCGAGGAACUUAGUGAGAAGGAAAAGGAUCAGCUUGCGGAUCUGCAACCUAAGAAGAUGGUGGAGGAACUUCAUCGAUUUAGUGCAAACAGAGUCGAAAACGAGGAAGAGACUGCCAAACUUGAUACAGAUCUUUUAACUUAUCGCAGGAUGUCAGAAACUGUGACUAGUGCUGAAGUUAACACUGUUCCUGAUGCCGAUGUGAUUGCAUGCGCAGCCUCCCCAUCAACCGCUGCCACUCCACUUUGUGUUCCUACCAACGAAGCUGAAGUCGGAACUUAUGAUGUAGAAGUGGAGGAUUUGUACAAUGUCUUCGAGGCAUACAUCACAGCUCGCCGCCUCUCGGGAGUUUCACCUUCUUUUAAGGCAGCCGUGGAUUUCUUCGUAAUUUCUGCAAUGAAUUCUGGUGGACGUAUGUUGAUUGGUAAAGACUCAAUCUCUUCGAAUGCUGAUGAACAGACAGUAAUUGCGGAUCUGAACAUGGCUUCAGAACUGGCAUUCAAACGAGCGAAAAUGGCAGGGGUUGCUCAUCUAAAACUGAAGCCGCGGAUUGAUGAUGGAGCAUGUGGACCAGUGUUCGAUCGUAUUUCUCGAUCUACCCACGAGGUAGCCGUGUGCAGUCGGAUUAUCAGCUCGUUCCGCCUUGAAGCAGUCUCAGAAUGCCAUAAUUUGACGUCGUCGAAUCCUCGAAUAUGUGUUCUUCGCAUGAAUGGCCAAGUGAAUAGUGGCCAAGCUGGCUGCACGAUCGAUCGAGGUACGAAUCCGCCCUGGUGCCAACCAAGCAUUUUAUCCCUCCGUAGUCGAUAA